CUCAUUCUCGCAACUUAGGCGUGGUGCGUCCAUCCAUUCUGUAGUACGGUCGUUCUUGCACCUCAAUGAUGCAUAAUCAAACCCUUCCAGCUCACAAUCGAGAGCUGAUACGCUCAAAGCCUCACUGUCAAUACCCCACCGUCUCUAAUGUCACCAUCACUCCUACUGUGCGACCGUCCGUCUACUCAAUCACUAUCCUCCACCAAAUUCUCUACUCUCUAAGGUUCGACCCAAUGAUUCACAUCCUCUGCUUCUUCUUGCCCUGAAAUUUUUGGGGAUUCACAGGUAACUAAAUUUUGUAAGGUAUGCUUUAAAUAUUGCAAAGAUUGUUAGGGAUUCGAGUCGAUGUUAGUAAAAUCUAGGCAUGCCAACUCAUGUUUAAUUCAACCUCGGGUAAUUUACAGCACAAUAGUUCACUUUGGUGAUUGAGUUUUACAUCAUCACCCUGUCGCUAUUGCCUCGAUUCAUAUGUUUCUCUUUCGGAUCCACGAUUAACUGGAGGUGCACAGACCGAGUGAUUUGCACGUCCAAUCUUCAUCUCCGAAAUAAUGGAAACUGCAUUGAGGCUCUUCAAAUCUAACACAGAUGCGGGAGUCUUUGCGAGAGCUGGAAUUGGUCUUCGAGGCGCGGUCCCGUCCAAAAUUGCAAAUAUAUCUUUGGUUUAUUGCUAAGGGAAUUGGGGGGGAAUCAGAUAUCUAAAUUGCUUAACUUAAAAUUACAUCAAUGAAGCUUUGGCUCGCGGUUAGAACUUAUAACCUUUGAUUGUGGAGAGAGAUUAUGAAAUCCUAAUCUCGAAAUUGAAGAAGCAGAUAAACGAGUAUGUUUGUUGCAAGCAACUUGCAGCGGUGGUCGACUCCAAGAACAGAGUAAUAGGUCAUUUUGCUAAGAAGCGGAUGGUGAUGCAGGCCUCUUCAUCAAGUCUCUUUAACAAACUGGCCGAUUGGUUUGCCCACAUAUAUACUCCUUGAGUAGUACCAUAUUUUGUUAUGAUAUGUCUGCAAUGGACCUGCUUGAAAGUUUAGCUAACGUUGUAUUUUGUCUCUUGCUAUUAAUUUUUGCCUCUAUUGAUCUUUACUUAUGUUUCAUUGUAUGUGUGUUAUCUGAAUCUUUUAUAUUAUUCCUUAGCUCUCAUAUUAGCUACUGAAUGAAUAAUUUAAUUUGUAGAGAAAUCUGUAGAAGUAGCAUUCUUCCUCCUAGCAAAACUGACAUGAAAUUUGAUGCCUCUGUUGAUAAAAGCAAGAACCGGAAUUCAUUAGAGAUUGAUUGAGAUGAAAGUAGAUUUGCCAUUGGAUUUGAAUAUCUUUGAAGAUUAUCUUUGUAUGAGGGUUAUUUUCUCCUGAUGGGCCAAUUAGCUACACAAAAAGGUUUUAUUUAUCUAUAUAUUUUAAUUGUCUGCAACAAUCUAUGUGACACUAAUAAUCAUCUUUAAUAUUGAUCUCGCUUGAUUUGAAUGUUGGAAUGCUUGUUUUGAAUGGUUUCAGGAACUAUAUUUUUCUACGAACUAAUUUGCUAAUUGAAUGAUUAGUGCAAAAGAAGUGUAGUAUGAACUUUGUGAGCAAACAUAUUGAUCCAGUUCUUGAAUGAUGAUAUUGUUUUAUCUUCGGGUAUGAGAUAUAUGAUAUUCUUGUCUUUUUGUUUUGUUUUGGAAUAGGUUGUAGUAUUUCCCUCCAAAAGGUAUCCCUAUGUAAUGUUCGACCACUAGGAGCACCCUUGCUAACAAUAGGUAGAGUAGAAUUUUUACUCUUAAGUGUAACUGAACUAUUACCAAGCAAAGUCUUUAACAAACAAUUUGCAGUAAUAGUUGCUUUUGAAAAGAAUUAGCAGAAUCGGGUUUUUAAGAAUUGCAUUGCUCUUUUAAUUUCUUUGUUCCUUCUACUUCAAAAUCACCUUUAAAGUCUGAUGUUUUCUUUAUAAUGUCAUGUGUAGUUGAGCUAAUUGCCUUUAUGAAAUUGUUGUUUUUAUCAAACUGUUGUAUAGUUGUUUAGUUUUUUCGGUUGAAAUUGAAUUGCAUAGGUCAAAAUUUUGGUUCAACUGAACCUUAGUUGCAUAUUAUAUUUUUUUAUAAAACCUGUCAAAUUACAACUGGACCAAUUGAUCCGGCCCGAACCCGCCUGAAAAGUAGAAGUUUUUAUAGCCCGAAACCCGAAUGAGCCAAACCCAAUAACCUGUGAUUUUUGGGGUUGGGUUGGGUGGAUUAGCGGGUCGACCCGUUAGACCACUUCCAUUUUAUAUAUCACUCUGAAAAUGAUAAAAUCACCCGUUUCCAGGAGCACAACGGAAGAAAGAAAGAAAACUCAUCUGAGUGUGCCCCAUCGCUCUCAAAUUCCCAAACCUUUCCAAAUCAUAAGCGGAAGAGGCAAACCCAAUCGCCGAUAAAGGCAGCGCGGGGAAGACGAUCUAUGUUAGUGUUCCAAAACUUGCAAUAUAUGUUUCCUUAGCGAGCAGCCGGCUAGCUCGCCCGCGUGAACGAGGAUUCCACAACAUGCAACCUCGAAGUAGUAGAAUCUGGUCUUUAUGUUCCUCCCAAGAUUGUGGUUGACAUUUUGUCUCGUCUAACUGUGAAAGCUCUAUUCCAUUUCAAAUCCGUCUGCACGAAUUGGGACACCACGACUCCAACAAGUCCAUACCUCGUAGCUAUGCACCUCAAAAACUACACCAAUUGCCCUGCAACCAAUGCCUCCCUCUUUUGCACCUUCCGUUUACCUGGUAAACCCCGCAUCAUGUAAUCGGUCUUACUGCACCCCUGUGAUGAGAGUUGUAAUGCUCUCAAAGGCCGAUCAAUCCGGUGGAGGCACAACAUAUAUCAUCUUGGUACCUACUUUAAGGGGCUCUUAUACUGGCUGUAUAUUGAAGACCCUGAUGAUAGGAACGCUCAUCAUCUGAUGGUGUUUGACAUGUGGAGCAAUGCAUUCCACAAGAUAAAUUUUCCUUUUGAUACAUUUGCAUCAUCUUUGCUCACUAUAUAUAUAUGGACUUAGUUGCGUUCUUUGAUGUGCACACAGAUUUGAGUACUGGUAUGUGGCUGCUGGGUAGGCCGCACAAUCUGCUGGAAUAGUGGUGUUGGAUCAAACAUUCCAGCUUUGGACCUUUACCUAAAAGCGCAUAUAUGAUAGGACACUAGAAGAAUAGUCAGAUUAUCGCUCAAAUGGGUGACCAAGUCAUAUUAUAUGAUACUGACAGUCGGAAAUAUAAAAUCUUAAUACACGACGGCUGUGUAUAUGUGGAUCGCCAUGUAUAGAGAAAGUUUGGUUUGUAUUAAAUAACAAUUGUAAAUAUGGUUUCUUAUCAAUAGUGAGAUAUAUGUAUUUUAUUUUCUUUGAUUUGCAUCCAAUUGUCCCCGGUGGUUCUCCUGUUUAGUAUUUGUUUGACCUUUUGGGUGAGGAAUUUUACAAUGCUAUAUAGCAUUGGUGCUAUAGGUUUUUACCUUUAUGGUACAACUCGAAAUUGUACCUUUAAUGUUAUGGUACAACUUCAGAUUGUACCUAUACUUUUUGUACAAAUUCUUUUAUGGUAAAACUUAAACUUGUACCUUAUGUGAUGGUACAACUUCAAGUUGUAAAGUUGUACCAUAACAUAAUGAUACAAAUUCCUUUAUGGUACAACCUAAACUUGUACAUUUAAUGUUAUGGUACAACUUCAAGUUGUACAUUAAAGCACCAAUACUAUAUAGCAUAGUAGAAGUGCUCCUUUUGGGUAUGAAUGAUUACAACAGAUUGCAGCAUGCGGACAUGGUUACAUGUUUUAUAAUUGGAAGGGACUUAGCUUACCUAUUGCUUACAGCUUAAACCGAUUAAUAAAAUGUUGAAGUAUAAAGAUGUGACCUGAAUCUCAUGAUUGUGCUAGAGGUCACAUUUUCACUGUCGAUUGUUCCUUUUUACAAAGUUCUUAAUCCAUUAAUCAUAUUACAUGAGCAACACAUUCCUCCAUCCAUCCAAAGUCCUAACCAUAAACCCACAUUUCUCCUUUUGAUUACCGGGCUUUCAGCCAAUUUUAUACUUGCAACAGCAACAAUAAGGGGAGAAAAGAAAGCCGACGAUUAUCUUAUUUUUAGACCAUUGCUCGAUUCCUUUCCCGCCAGUUGCCAGACAAAGUUACUUGAAUCCUCUCCCACCUUUUCUAGACUGCUUCCUUGUCGGUGAUGGAAAACCGUCCUCCUAAUCCUUAUAGGAAUAGGUCAAUAGCCAGUCCAUUGGUAAAGCCUUUAUGAACAUCACAAUGGGCAAGCCUUUCAAGUUACUUCUCUAACCCUAAUCGCGUAAUAAUUGGCCAAUAGUAAGAGCUCCACUUUUAUGCGAGCCCAUCGUCGCGGCCUUCCCAAUCCAGGCCGAAAGUACGAUGACGGCCAUCGGUGAUGACGAAUAUUGCCCUUCCAGUCUAGGGUUUCUUCGAUCGAAGCCAAACUAAGGAAACCAAAAGGAAUUACUUCACCGUCACCGUCGCUGCCACAAGAAUGAGGAUCUCGGGAAUAACACCCGGGGUCCAAUUUGAGCCCACAGACGACCAAAUCGUCACUUAUCUCCUCGAUAAGGUCAUGGAAAUGCUUUGCCCCAAAAUCCGAUUGAAGAAGGCCAAGGCGAAGAACGGGGAAUUGGACGGUGGCGGUGGUAGGGCUGAGAGGACCGUUGGCUUCAAGGCCACGUGGCGGUCAAGCAAGGAUGACCCAAUUUUUCUCUCCGGCCAGGAAGUCCAGAUUGGGUUGAAGUGGACUUUUACCUACCUUCCCAACCUAAGAUCUGCGGCGCCGAGGAACAAGGAAGCCGGAGAUGGAUUCUCAAUGACGGAGUACCGGCUUAACGGCGUUGCCAUAGAUCUUGUGAUAUGCUCAGUGAGAAGGAAACAAGACAGAGCAUCCUCUGAGAUCCAGAUCAUUGACGCUAGGGUACCACCGACUCCGACGGCUUGGUGUUUGCGACCUUGCCGAUCGAUGAUGACCCAGCCGGUAAUAGGAGGAACAGUGUUUUUGUGCUAGUGUUAGUUGGAGCUUUACUUGCUGUUGAUACCUCUCAGUAUCAGUUGGAACAGAGGCAGAGACUGAGAGAAACAUUUGUUGCUAACUUUCGAAUUAAAGAUUAUUGCAGUAA